AUGGAGAUUCACGGCGAUGCAACCCCGACGACUGGUGCGGCGGAGCAUUAUCCCACAGGCUCAAUUGAUGGUGAUUCAAGUACUAGGGAUGUAACUCACUACACGCCGGGCCCUACCACCGGCCUGAAACAACACUGGAAGCCCACCGUAGACACUAAAAUCAUACCUGUACUCGGGCAACGUUUUAAAUCACUAUCUGAAGGGAUUGAAUUCUACAAGAACUACGGACGUGUUGGUGGUUUUGACAUUAGGCACAACAGUGUUAAGCGAGAUCGGACCGGGGCAGUUAUUCGGCGUUCUUUAGUUUGUAGCAGGCAAGGAGCGAAAGGAGGUGGUAGGAGGGUACCCACCGUAGUCGUCAAUGUUACUAGUAGUAGCAAUAAGCAACGCCGAAGAAGGGUUUCUAAUAGAAUCGGGUGCAAUGCCAAGCUUGGGUUGAAGAAAAAUAGUACUGGGGAGUUUGUGGUAACUAAAUUUGUCGAGGACCACACUCAUAGUCUGUGCUCUGAGGGUGCUAAAUUAUUUAUGCGGGGUAACAGGAAACUUAAUGUAGCCCAACAAGCAUUUUUAGCCAACUGUUUUAAAGCUAAUGUGGGCGCUUCUACAGGGAUGAGGUUAUGUAGGGAAGUAGCGGGUUCAUUUGAGAACGUUGGUGCAACGUAUGUGGAGUUUCAUAAUUUUAAACGAGACUUGCAAGCGUAUGUGGAUGAAGUUGAUGGUGAGUUGAUUAUCGAAAGGUACAACUUGGUGUUCGUACCAUUUACUGGAGUAGACAACCACAAACGAUGCAUCACUCUUGCUGCGGGGCUGCUCAAUAAAGAAGACGUGGAAUCGUAUAGUUGGCUAUUAGAAAGAUUCAUUCAUGCAAUGGGAAAUGUCCCCCUAUGUGUUGUCACCGAUCAGGACCCCGCUAUGAAGAUUGCUAUAAGACAGGUUUUACCCGGGUGCCGUCACCGUUAUUGCAUGUGGCACAUUAUGACGAAGGUUGGUGAAAAAUUCGGGCCUGAGUUAUCAAACAAUGAGGUAUUCCGCAAGAGUUUGAAUGAUAUUGUGUGGAACGAAACAACCUCCACCGGUGACUUCGAAGUGCAAUGGCAACUGCUAAUGGAGAAAUACAACUUAUCUGAUCAUCGUUGGUUCCAGAGCUUGUAUGCAGAUAGGGAUCAUUGGAUUCCUGCUUUUUUUAUAGAUUCUCCCUUGAGUGGGUUGGUUCGCACCACAUCUCGGUCCGAAGCACAAAACAAUGUUUAUGGGAAAUUCACACGCCUCCAUUCUAGUUUGGUAGAGUUCUACAUGCAGUUCGAAAGCGUUCUUGAAACACAACGUCACAAUCAAGCUAAACUGGAUGCACAGUGCGAGGGGUCCUUGCCCGAUUUUAAGACUCCCUUGGCAUUAGAGCGGCACGCCGCAGAUUUGUUCACACUAUCUAUUUUUUACACUUUGCAGGAAGAGAUUGAAGCUGCCUUCUUUUAUUGCGAAAUUGUGGGCAUCCGUGAGGAUGGGGGGAACAUUUAUUACACCAUCAAAGGGGAUGGCACCACUACGUACACUGUAAAGCACGAGCCGGGCGGGUCCAGUACUAUUUGCAGCUGCAAGAUGUUCCAACGCUUGGGGCUAAUUUGCAGACAUAUGUUCAUGGUGUUCAAGGGUUCACAUUUACAGCAAUUACCAUCCCAGUAUGUUGUGGAUCGUUGGCGCAAACACCUAGGAUGCAAUGCUUGCAGAGGGCAGCAUGUUGAUGGUGUCCCUCCAAAAUCAGGUGCCACAGAACUGUGGUCUGAGAUAAACACGUGUGUCGGGAUGGUAGGUGAGAGCACGGUGCGCCAAGCUCGGAUGGUGCAGGUAUUGAAAGAGUUGAGAGAUGAAUUCGCGAGCGACUGCGAGAUCAUCGGGGCAGCAAAGAGCAAUAGGGCCACGAUCGAGGCAUUCUGUGGAGUCCAGCCACCACCAUGUAUAACCAUUAAACCCCCGGCACAGGCAAAAAACAAAGGGAGUGGAAAACGUAUUAAGAGCAACCGGGAGAUAGCCAUAGAGAACAGUGUCAAAGUCGGGCGAAAGUGUGGGGUGUGCGGUGAAUACGCCCGUCAUAAUGCUCGUAGUUGUCCUUCCAAGCAAAGGGUAGUUUAG